GCUAAAUUUAUCUUUUUUUAUCUUUGUUACCCAUUACAUACAGCUCAGCGACUUUUGCAAUUCGAACAGAUGCUGGGUCGUAACUCAUAAUCGCCAUGGCCUCUGGUGUCCAAGCAAUGCGGUUAUGCCUGCGGGCUUUUCGGCAUCACCCGGCCCCCCGAAAAGUCGGCGCGCGGAUAUGCGUCCCAAACCGAACAUUCUCCUCGACACCCAUACAAUGGCGCCCUGCAGCCAAGAAAGGCGAAUUAGAUAAACUAGAGGAAGAUGGCGAAGACGACGGCGAUUUCGAUAUAGUUGCAAUAGAGAAAUCCCUUCGCGAAGCCCUCGACGAUCCGACAGUUGACCUAGAGAAUACGACCCAAACCCAAGAGAAAAUUUUAGGAAGCAUUUCUAACACAAUAGCGGAAGUGCAGAGGACGCCCAUAUUAAACCGCAAAAAAUCAUUUUGGCAUGAGGAAGAGGAAGAUCCCGACUUGAUUACAGAUGAGCAGAACGAAGACGCGUUCGACGAGGAUGAUAUCAUGAGCAUGGCACAUGGCAAGCUGGAGGAAUUCCGCGAGUAUAGAGAGUACGCUCGCAUAGCUGCUUGGGAGAUGCCCUUAUUAUCCAAGCUAGCUAGACCUUUUGAGCCCCCUACCGCCCAGGAACCGUUACGAUUUCGAUAUACAAGUUACAUGGGCGAGUUCCAUCCGGCGGAAUCUAAAGUCGUUGUUGAAUUCUCACCGGGAGAUCUACCAUUGAACGAUGCGCAACAACUCAAAAUGAAGAAGUUGUUGGGUCCUCGAUACAAUCCAGAAACAGACAUUGCCAAGAUAAGCUGCGAACAAUUCGAGCAUCAGGUACAAAAUAAACGGUAUCUCGGCGAUUUAGUCGAGAGCUUAGUCGCGCAAGCAAAGGAUCCCUCCGACAUGUUCGAAGAUAUCCCGCUCGAUACGAGGCACCACACGUUCAAGGUCAAACCUAAGUUCCCACGGGAAUGGCGAAUGAGUGAGGAGCGACGGAAGUUCAUCGACGAUACAAGACAGAAGUCACUCCUACUUGAUCACGCGAAAGAAGAAGCUGGCGCCUUAAUUAAUGGCAAGGAGAAGAUUGAUCUGUUUUUCAGCGCACCUCCUCCCGAAUCCAAAGUCCCCGAGUUUAUUAAAGCACGAUCUAAUCGGCCGUUACCGAGAGGCAAGCAACACCAAUUACAUAAACGGGCCUGAUUUGUAUACUACCAUGUAGAUAACCAGAAUAGGGGAGAAGGUCCCCCAAGAAGCCUGUAUAACUAUGAAUAUACAAGUACAAAGUACCAAACGUCCCCAUGAGGGUAUCCCUCCUACGAAGACGGCACUCGUGAAUGAGGCUGUUCGAAGAAGUGUU